UGGACAGCGAGAGGGGGAAAGAGAAUGGCAUGAGAGUGGAGAGAGAGGGAAAGCAGGGCAUAUAAUUAAAUAAGAUUCCUAGAAGAUCUGAACGGGAGAGUAGGCGACUAGUCCCUGAGCUGCUGAUUUAAACAGGACACUGAGAAGAGUAGUGGGACGCUGAGUUAAUGGAUCUUUCUUGAGGCAUUGAAUACUUAUGGCGUCGCUGUUCAUGGAGAUCUGGACACUUCUAUUCCUGGCUCAUAUAUCACAGCUGCCCUGCAGGAAUUGAAGCCACUAAUGAUGACCCCAGCGAUGAAGAAGGAGGCGAGGUCUGUAGAGAAAGGGGCUACUCUUACAUCCCAUCUCUCCAGAGCACUCAAUCUGCUUACUGGGGACAUGCGUGUGUAUGGAGAAUGGAUCAAAAGGCAGAUUGUGGUGGUCCAGGUGGUGGACUGGGUCCUACGUGGGGUGGCCCAGGUCAUGUUUGUCAACAACCCCCUCAGUGGGCUGCUCAUCACGUUUGGCCUGGUGCUGCAGAACCCCUGGUGGGGCCUGAACGGACUGCUAGGAUCCCUCGCUUCCACACUGUCUGCACUCCUGAUUAGACAAAACAUGGGUGCCAUAUCUGCUGGUUUAUAUGGCUACAAUGGGACCCUGGUUGGAAUGCUGAUGUGUGUAUUCUCGGCCAAAGGGGACUGGUACUGGUGCCUUCUGCUCCCUAAUAUGUUCAUGUCCAUGUUAUGUCCCAUAGUCUCCAGUGCCCUGGGCUCAGUGUUCAGCAAAUGGGACCUCCCUGUGUUCACUCUACCAUUCAACAUCCUUGUGUGUUUGCACAUGGCUGCCAUGGGGUCUAACCACCCCUACUUUCCAGAGGUGCUAGUGCAGCCAAAGUCCUCCCUCCAUCUGAACACCACCUUGGCAGAACGAAGCAUACCUCAGCUCUUGAUGGCGGUGCCAGUUGGCGUGGGUCAGGUGUACGGCUGUGACUGCCCCUGGACAGGAGGAAUCUUCAUCAUAGCCCUGCUGCUUUCCUCCCCAACCAUCUGCAUGCACGCUGUACUGGGUUCUAUUGUUGGUGUAGUGUCCGGUCUUGUUCUGGCUGCUCCUCAUGAGGACAUCUACUCAGGACUGUGGGGCUACAACAGUUGUCUGUCCUGCAUCGCUAUUGGAGGGGUGUUCUAUGCACUGACAUGGCAGAGUCAUCUACUGGCUAUUACCUGUGCCUUUUUCUGUGCGUACAUGGGUUUGGCCAUUUCAAAUCUGAUGUCCAUAUUUGGGCUACCAGCAUGCACCUGGCCUUUCUGCCUGUCUGCCCUCACCUUCCUCCUCAUCACCACUGAAUCCAGAGCCAUACACAGACUGCCUCUGUCGGCCGUGACGUACCCUGAGGAGAACAGGCGCUACAACAAAAAGGGGUCACCAGAAAAUCACCAGGAGGUUCAGCAGAACAUCAGUAAAGAGGAGAAACUGCUGGAGAAAAGAGAAGAGAUAAAGCCUCAUAUCAGCCUGUCAGUAGAGUAGUGUGUGUUCUGAGGACACGAAGUCAAUAGCCCAUCUCUCCGUGAAUGCUGGUAGCCCAUGGAAAAAUUAUAGGAAAAUGUUAGCAAAUUAUAGUAAAGUCAACGCUGGAGUUAGAGACAUUGAAAACAUAUUGGCUAGGAUAUCAAUAGCUAUUGUCUUACAGUCAAAUAAACCUCUGACUUAAUUUCAUCUUC